AAAUCUCUCAAGGAUGCCCCAAAUGUCUUCCCCUUUCUCCGUCCGAUCCACAUCAGUUGCCACAUUUAUUGCCAUAGCCAAAUCAGUAGCAUGGGAGAACCACCAAGAAGUUGCAAUCUAUGGCUGCUUGUUCUUUUAGUGUUCGCGCGAUGGUGCCAUGCUUCAAUGGCCAUGACGUUCACGGUCUCGAACUACUGCCCCCACCCGAUCUGGCCGGGGACGCUCGCCGGCUCCGGCACGCCGCAGCUGUCCACGACGGGAUUCAAGCUAGAACCCGGGCAGACGGUCCAGCUCGCGGCGCCGGCGGGGUGGUCGGGGCGGAUAUGGGCGCGGACGGGGUGCGUGUUCGACGCCGACGGCGCGGGCGUCUGCAACACAGGCGACUGCGGCGGGCGGUUGGAGUGCCGCGGCGCCGGCGCGACGCCGCCGGCGACGCUGUUCGAGGUCACUCUGGACGGGAGCGGCGGCCAGGACUUCUAUGACGUGAGCCUCGUCGACGGCUACAACCUGCCCGUCGUCGCGAUCCCGCGGGCGCGCACAGGCGGCGCCUGCAACGCCACCGGCUGCAUGGCCGACCUCAACCGCUCGUGCCCGAAGGAGCUGCAGGUGGACUGCGGCGGCGGCGCGAUCGCGUGCCGGAGCGCGUGCGAGGCGUUCGGGCAGGACAGGUACUGCUGCAGCGGCUCGUACGCGACGCCCGACGCGUGCCACCCGACGGUGUACUCCUCCAUCUUCAAGUCGGCCUGCCCGCGCGCGUACAGCUACGCCUACGACGACAGCACCAGCACCUUCACCUGCAAAGCCUCCGACUACACCAUCGCCUUCUGCCUCCCGACCUCCGGGAUAAAGAAGUCGGAUGCCGUGUUUCUCGGAGCACAGAUGGACGGCCAGAGCACCGACGGCGCCAACAAUGCGCUGCCGGUGUACAACGGUGGCAACAAUGCGCCGCCGGUUUACAGCAACGGUGGUUUCCAGCCGCCGAUUUACAACUACGGCGGCGGCGGAGGGGGCCGUCAACCAGCGAUGGCGGCCUCGUCGGCGAGCACAAUAUACAUCCGGCCACGGCUCCUGCUACUGCUAGUGCUCGCCUUCUUUUUCUGACGGCGCUCGGUUGGUCUUGUUCACGCAUGCAUGAUUCAUGUCGAUCACGAGAAAGGUGAAGCUGAAGCUUCUCGAAGAGGUGGGUGAAGAAAUGGAAGAUCUGAGCGCAGAUGAACAUAGGGACAGCAGGCAUGGAUCAAUGUAGAGAUCCGAGAAGAGACUGAAGAAUGAAUUAUUUUCUGGCAUUUGGCUACCAUACCUUGUGCAUUUGCAGAAUUGUAGUUGUAAAAUUGACUGUCCAGCUAGUGGACUAGAUUCUAGUGAACAUAAGGAAAAAUUGUUGCUUGCAACUAAAAGCAUCUCUAAGAGUGCCCAAAAAUUAGAGUCCCCAAAACCUGGUUUUUGGACUUGCCAAAAACCAUUGGGAGCAGAAAAAAAGACUUCCUCUCCAACAGUUUUUAAUAAUUAGUUCCCAAAAAAAUGAAUU